AUGGUGAUCGUAAGCGAUGAAGAAAGAAGUGGCCGUUGGGGUGAGAUAUCGGAAAUUGACAAGUUAUUGCUGAAAGGCGAAGUGUUCGAUCUCAAGUGUUCAGUUUACGGACUAAACGUUACGGUGUGUAAGAAAAGGUCUUCUUGUCCCUUGUUAGUCUACUUGUAUACUUGUAUGGGUCUUCAUCGUUACAAUUUUCUCAAGGGUACAAAGUUUGUGGUCAGUCGCGUAAACAAAUACGUUAGGACAACGCAGACUGCUGCGAAGUCUUACUACAUAACACUUGAUGCCAAGGAACCAGCUUCUUCUUCUUCUUCUUCACCUCCUCAAACUAGUACUUUUCAGAUUAAGGUAUCAGAAGGAAGUCAUGGCAGAUUUUCUCUGGGUUGCUAUACUGCAAGAAUUCGAGGUGAUACAAGCGGUGACAGAGAAACAAACGCUGUGUAUAUACCUGGUAAAAGUUACUUCUUAGGUAACUACUUACCCCAGUGGCCGCCAGAGAAUCCUUUUGAACAGUUUUGCCUGUUGCCACAGCUGAUGGGUACGAUAGGAAAGAACCUAAGGACUUUGAUGAUCUGCAUAUUGUGGACAAACGUGGUAGCCAUAGAUGGGGAGGGACUCUAUGCCAAGAAUGCAACCUUCUACAUAAGGUUCAAGGACUUGUUCAGGGCUCGUCUUGGUCAAAAUGAUAAGGUUGAUCGCGUUGCUAUAAUUAGAAGAAGGUAUGAUGAGGAUACCGGAGCCUUCAGUCUCGAGGGUCAGAUUCUGAGUUCACAAGUUAUACCAAGGAAGCUUAAGAUUGCUGCUCUCGCUGCUAAUGAGGAGGAGGAGGAUACCGGAUGCUUGGAUCAGGUUCAGAGUUCAGACAUUAUACGGUUUAGCCAGGGACCCUUUUCAGAGAAUAAAAGGAUCAAGUUAAAUCCGAUUGGAUUUCCAAAUCAAAUCUCCUCUCCACCUCUAGCCACCGGUGAGACGGCAAAUCUGGAGGCUGCAUGA